AGUGCACCUUUUGGCCCGCGGCUGUAGAGGAGUUUCUUUUUCCUCUUAGUUCUCGCCGUCUUCACUUGGACUCGCCGCCCCGCCUCUGCCUCUUUCCCUCUGUCUCGACCGCGCUCUCGAUCACUCACGAUCGAUUCGUGUCUGCUGAGACCGAGCUGCACCGGGUGCUGAAGAUCCUAAACCGUGAUGGCGUACUUUGGUAAACUUGGAGGUUUGCUGCGCAAGAGCGCCGCUCAAUCUGUCUUGACGGCAUCCGGUCUGGGUUCCGCCGCGGUUGCUGUGCCCGCGAUGCUGGUCGUGCAGCGCAUGAUGUCCAGCUCCAAGCUCUUCAUUGGAGGUCUUGCGUGGGCGACUGACGAGAACACGUUGAGGGACGCCUUUAGUUCGUUCGGGACGGUGACCGAAGUGAAGAUCAUCCUGGACCGGGAUACAGGGAGGUCGAGGGGUUUUGGAUUCGUGAAUUUCACAUCACCUGAGGAGGCCGAAGUGGCUCUCCAGGAGAUGGAUGGACGGGAACUGGCGGGGCGUCAGAUCCGAGUGGACUACGCCACUGACAAGGCGAGAGAAACUCGCGGAGGCGGCGGCGGGUUCGGUGGCCGUGGAGGGGGUUAUGGCGAUCGGCAAUCGAGCGGAUACGGCAACAGGAGAGAUCAGGGCGAUGGGGAGAGAGGGUACGGAAACAACUUCUGAGGACGGUGGGUUGCCGAAGUGGGAGUCGUCGAAGGGUGAAGGGAUUUUGGCAGCGCUCGGCCAGAGUGCAGCGUUUGGUUCCGCCGCCCGUCCGUUUCCAUCCCGCGCCCCCUUCCCUACAGCUAGUUCGACUAGUCGGAAGCAAGCGCAAGAGAAGGCCUGUGCUAGAGCGGCGCCGUGGACACGACGAGUUUGUGAUAGAGACUAGAAGGUUAUGAUGUGAUAUGUGGAAGAGGGUGCGGAUUGGGGCAAGUGAGGAGGGAGGCAGCACAGGCACCCUUAGAGCGGGGGCCGUGGGAAUGCCAUGAAUGCCGCGUGCGGGUAGAUGCAGGAUGUGGUAGGGAUUGUGCGGAGGUAGGGGCGGAGACACGCGGUGGGUGGAAGUGACAGGCGAUGGAGAUACUGAGGAAUGAGAACUAAUUUUUUUUUUUUAGAGGAAAAGACGGGGGUAUCAUGUAUGGCUUGUGGCAGAGGUGGAGAGGGUAAUGGUUGCAUGAAAGAGGAUAAGUGCAUGGUGUGUGAUUAUUAGCUCGCUAUGCCUUUAUUGUAGAAGCAUUUCUGUGUUUGAUAAUUUGCUGAACACGUGUGCUUUGGUCUUAAAUUUUUAUCUUUCUUAUAGCUUCCUUAGUGGGGUUAUACUCCUAAUCGUCGCGUGAAACAAUGGUGUGGUUUCGGUUGUGACGAGUGGGCGAGUAUUGUUGGAGUUUUUCUUGAUCUGUACUCAGGAGCUUGAAAUGCGAAAUUUAGGAGUUCAGCAGCAA